CUAGGCAAACGAUGCAGCUAAAUACCGAAUAUGAGAUCAUCUGGAGUGCUGAAGAUACUUGCUUUCCUUAUUACAUGUGUUAUACUUAUCAUUUGCUACCAAAUUCUGUUGACAACAUCUAUUUUCAAUCACAUUGACUCAAAAAUACCGCAGGCAGACCCUGUGCCUUUAGGAAAAGGAGUGGGCAAUGUAAAAGUUGUUUUGGAAAACGAACCGCAGGGCACUGCUAAGGCCCAGAAAAAUGAAGCAGUACAUGAAAUUAACGUUGUAAUUACAUUUACAAAUGCCAAAGACAACACCAAUCUACAACAAAAGUUCCAAACAACUGUUUUAUCAAUGUUUAAAUGGACAACAGCGCCUGUCAACAUUUACAUAAUUGGUGACCAAGCUAGUCAGGUCAUUGCAGAUGCAAUCUUAAAACAAGCUGUCAGUAAAUACAAUAAACAAUACAAGUUGGUGAAGCUAGAUACUGAUGAUUUAGCCAAGAAACUACAUGAAGUUAUAAAGAAGAUGCAGCAGCAUUUUAGUUAUAAACCUGGAGCGUAUUACAGUCAUUCCCUAUUCUUUCUCUCUAUCGCAAUACACAGGGUGAUGCCAGAAACAUUACACAGAGUCAUCAUGAUGGACGCCGAUUUGAAAUUCAAUAACGAUGUCAAGGAGCUUUUUGAUCUAUUUGAUAACUUUUCCGACACAAAUGUCAUGGGUAUAGCCAGGGAGAAUCAACCUGUGUAUAGACAUGUGUUGUCAGUAUAUCGUGGCGCUAAUCCAGGUACAAGGGUCGGUGAUCCACCACCAAACGGAAUCACAGGUUUUAACAGUGGUGUGCUACUUCUAAACUUAGACAAAAUGAGAAAAUCUGAGUUAUAUAAUUCCUUAAUUAAUCCAAAGGUUGUUGACGAUUUAACAAAAAAAUAUUCAUUCCAAGGUCAUUUGGGUGAUCAAGAUUUUUUUACUUUGUUAUCAUUAGAACAUGAAAAUUUAUUUUAUAUUUUGCCUUGCACAUGGAACCGACAGCUUUGUAUUUGGUGGAAAGAUAAAGGUUAUGAGUCUGUUUUUGACCUAUAUUUUAAAUGUGAAGGUCAUAUUAAUAUUUACCAUGGAAAUGGUAACACAGAUAUUCCAAAAUUAGAUUGGGAAAAAUAGAUUUUAUAUUUGCUUUAAUAAAAUUAUGAUGAUGGGUUUUUUUAAUGACCUUGACUGGCUAUGAAGCCCUCACACAGUCAGGGAAAUUAAAUAAGAGUCAUGCAUAUAUGAAAUUUUUAUCUUUUGGAAGACAACAAUUAUAUUCAAUUCAUUUAAUUGCUUAUACAUGUAAUAGCAAAUGAUAUCAAAUUGCAUGACGAAACAUUUUAAAAUGGCUCAAAUAAUAUUUUUAAAUAUAAAAGUUGUUAUGAUAGCAUAACUUUACUUUUUUAUAAGUAGCUUUAAUAAGGGAGAUAAUUUAAGUAGUACUUAAUUUGUGAUAUUUUAAUUUUGUAACAGUAGAGGUAAUUUUACAUAUUGCUUAAUAUACAUGGCUUACAUGCAGUACUUUAAAUGUAGGGGAAAGAAAUGAACUGAUCAAUGUUCAAGUUUAUGUAUUGGUUGUAAUUUGGUAACAUAUUAGAUGGUAUAGCUAUUUCUAUUUUUAUAGAAUUUGGUUGUUGAUAAUAUUUUACUUUGAAUUUCUUUUCAAGUUAUUUUUUAUAUUGUUAUACAGUGCCAGUUGUUGUAUUAAAUUAAUAUAUAUAUAUUUUUUUUUCCAUUUAGAUUAAGUUACUUGCAAUUUUCAUAAUGAUGAUUUCAUAUUAUUUUUAAGAAUUUUGGAAUGUUAUUCUGAUACCUUUAUAUACUAUCUCAUGUGCCAUGUGCUGUUUACAUCAUGUAUUAAGCAUUUAUUGAUUAUUCUUUUCAGGAUUAUUUUCUUUUCAACUUUGAUUGUCACCUCUAUUAUGCUGACAUUGGAUAUUAUGGUCAUUGGGAUUAAAUUAAAUAUCUUUAGAUGUGAUGCAGUUGUAAUAAAAAAUACAUUUUAAGGAAAAAUUAUAUUAAGGAAGAACACAAAUAAAAUCACACUUGAGUGUGAAGAUGAGAAUUUGCAUGCCUUAGAUAAUUUAGAACCCUUUCAGUCCAAACUGGUUUUGAUAAAUAACCUUGCAAGUAAAUUGUCACUUUUCUAGAAGCUUUGUAGCUUUUUUUUUUUUAUAUCUUUAUAUAUAUAUGCAUGCUUAUUUAUAUUAACCUGAAAAGGGAAAAGACAUUUGGUAUUGUUUCCAGAAUAAAAUUGUAAUUAGUUUAUUUUGCAUAUGUGAAAGUUGUGGAUCAAUUUGAGGUUGUAUACUAGAAAUGGUUAGUAACAUUUUUAUUGUUUGGUAUUUUUUUUGUAGAAGUCAUCAUUCAUUAAAAGACUUUUAUAUAUUUA